AGAAACUAUGUGGAGAUGAAGAGACGUCGAUAUCCGAGUGUCAGUUUUCAUUUUCACUCGCCGUCCUUUUUGACAGUUUUAUCGAUUUUUUGUCUCCUGUUUGCAACGUCAUCGUCAACGACAACGCUUCAGAAUGAGCUACGGAGGCGGCAGAGUCAUCAGGUUGAAGACGAUCCUCCAGCCUCCUACCACACCGAACAUCAAUCAACACCGUCACACACUCACAAGAAGUACAUCGAUCCGGAGCCAUACUCGGAGCAAGACGAGCACACGUCUGCGGCUCCUCAUGAGGAAGAGGAAGAGCUCCCGAUGGAACGGCUCAAAAGAGCAUUUGGAAGGAAUGACUAUUUGCUGCCCGAAAACUUUAAGACACUUCGAAGGGCUGAUAUUCCCGUCACUUAUCGAUUACACGAUGAUUUGUUGAGAUAUUAUAGAAAAGGCACACGUCCAGUGACCCAUCCGAAAAAGGUGAUCUCAGUUUCGAUGAGCGUAUUCCUGUAUCAAAUCGUUAAGCUGGACGCCGUCAAGAACACCAUCAGUCUGUCGGGCAGCUUUGAGUUGUACUGGGAAGACGAAUUCUUGAAGUGGAACCCGUCGAGCUACGAGGGAGCCGAAGAGAUUUUCCUGUCGAGUUCCGAUAUUUGGAUCCCCGAAUUUUCGUUGUACUACAGUCUAAACUUCAACGAUGCUGUAAAGCUACAAUCAAAUAACGAUGUCCGAGUGAACUACACGGGACAGGUCAGAUACUACAUCCCAUUUUCGUCCGAGUCACUGUGCAAAUUGGACGUGAAGUUCUUCCCAUUUGAUGUACAACAAUGCUCGCUGCUCUUCGGCUCGUGGGCUCACUCGAACGACUCGAUUAAGUACUCGUUGUACUCGCAAAACCUAUCGCUCAUCGAUUUUUACGACAAUCAGGAAUGGGAGCUUGACACGCACAAUAGUUCAGUGCAUUCCGAUGGUUUUUUGUAUGAUUAUCUGGAUCCACCGUUAUUUUGGGAAAUGAUCAUUAUCACGUUGGUUAUGAAAAGACAAAGUUUUUAUUAUGUAUUCAACUUAGUAAUUCCUAGUACUAUGAUCACAUUGGUAUCAGUCAUCGGAUUUCAUACACCCAGCACAAGUGGAAGAAUGAGAGACGCAAAAUUCCGACUUGGAAUCAUGACCCUUAUGAGUAUGUCUGUCAUCUUGCUCGCCAUCGUCGAAGAUAUGCCGAAAUUCUCGAUGGGAACGAAUCGUCGGGGUCGUGGAUCGUUUUCUGGUAUUCCGUUGAUUGGACUCUACUAUUUCAUAUUAUUAGCCAUCAUCGGAAUGUCGACAGUCACCACGUCAAUGUUCGUGUACUUGGAACGAGAGUCGCGGGUCAAAAUGAAUGUUCCGUGGUAUUUGAAGUGGCUCUCAUUUGACAUAUCGCCCAGUAAAAUUGCUAGGAAACUAUCCCGUUAUCGUCCACAGGCGAUGAGCCAACCUCCGUCGGAGCAUCUCCUGUCCAAUGGACAUGUUCGAAGUGGAAUCCGUGAUAAGGCUCGAGGAGUCGCCGCGUCACUUCUAUCGCUGCUGCCACGACCGGGCAGUGGAGUUGGAAACGGAGGACCCGGCGGCGACAAUGGCAACAGUCCAUUCCACAUGCAACACCUUCACGCUUACCACCAGGACAACCCUACUCCUGCUCGGGAGUCGAUACGAAGACGGCUGAGCAUGUCCCAGUAUGAUAACAUGCUGAUUUAUCAAUAUUACGAACAAGCUCUCGAGGAUAUCGCCAACGGGGUCUCUAGAAUGGCAGGAUCAAUUGCGGAGAUAAGAUCUGAAAUGAUGGCUUUUCUGCCACAGGAUGACAUCAAUACAAAGUGGCAAACAGUUAUUCGGAGGCUAGAAAUUCUAUCGUUAUUCUUUUAUGUAUCAGUACUGUUCACCACGAUGUAUUUAUUCUUUUACCACGAUUGGUAUUGCGCAAUCGGUCACAACCCUUGCGGACAGGCGAACUUGAAGUGCCCCUGGAUGGCGCACACUCCUGAGGAUCCUCACUGCGAACACAACUCAUAUAACUAAUCAGAACGCCAGAAUUUAUCAUUAAACCAAUCCCGGGUUCGGUUAUUUUUCCCAUCCGUUUCAAUUUGCUCAUAAAGAUUUCUGAAUUUG